CUAGAGCCAAAAUGGCGUCGGUUUCCCCGAUUCUAGUUGCAACUCCCUUCUUUCCCAUUCCCUCGGUUAAUGAUGGCGUCCCACAGUACAGGGGGCAGGGUGUCUUGCGGGAGAGAUUUGAAUUGUGUGCCCGAGGUUGCUGACACACUUGCAGCGGUCGCUAAACUUGGGUUUGACUUCUUGUGCAUGCCCCUCUUCCACCCGAGGUUCAGGAGGGAGUUUGAGUUGGAUCCCGCCAAAGUCCGAUCUGGAGCACAUACACGCUCGGACCUGCUACUUUGUGGGCGAGACUGGAACACUCUGGUUGUUGGAAAGCUUUCUCAGUGGAUCGAGACAGACUCAGAGGUGGAGACGGAGCGCAGGAAUUCAGAAGCGGCUCUGGUCCAGGAGCUGAACUUCUCAGCGUAUCUGGGUCUGCCAGCCUUUAUGAUCCCUCUGAAGGGCCCUCACUGUGCCAACCUGGCCCGCGUGCUGCUCAACCACAUCCAGACUGGACACCACUCCUGCAUGUUCUGGAUCCGGGUCCCCCUGAUUUCCUCUGAUGAUAUGCGUGAUGACAUCAUCGAGAAUGAGCAGACGAAACACACAGAUGAUGGCAGUAAUGACGAGAAGACCUGGGCCUGGUGGCAUUCAUUCAGAACUCUUUGUGACUACAACAAGAGAAUCUGUUUAGCCAUUGAGGUUGGAGCAAACAUGCCCACCAACGCUGUGAUCGACAAGUGGCUUGGAGAGCCAAUUAAAGCAGCUAUUCUUCCCACCAGGAUCUUUCUGACCAAUAAAAAAGGGUUCCCAGUCCUUUCAAAAGCCCACCAGCAAAUCAUCUUCCGUCUAUUCAAGCUUGAGGCCCAGUUCAUCUUCACUGGCACCAGUCGUCACAGUGAGAAGGACUUCCGCUCUUACUUGCAGUACCUUGAAUACCUCAACCAGAACCGCCCUGCCCCCAAUGCCUAUGAACUGUUCGCCAAGGGUUACGAGGAUUACCUACAGUCUCCUCUUCAGCCUCUCAUGGACAAUCUGGAGUCUCAGACAUAUGAAGUGUUUGAGAAGGAUCCCAUCAAAUACUCCCAGUACCAGCAGGCUGUGUAUAAGUGUUUAAUGGACAGAGUCCCAGAGGAGCAGAAGGAGACCAAUACACAGGUGUUGAUGGUGCUGGGUGCUGGGAGAGGUCCUUUGGUCAAUGCCUCCCUGCGGGCCGCCAAGCAGGCUGACAGAAAGCUCCGUAUCUUCGCCGUGGAGAAGAACCCCAACGCUGUCGUAACGCUUGAGAACUGGAAGUUUGAGGAGUGGGGCGAUCAGGUGACCGUAGUGUCAUGUGACAUGAGGGAGUGGGCGGCACCUGAGAAGGCGGACAUCAUCGUCAGCGAGCUGCUCGGGUCCUUCGGGGACAAUGAGCUGUCCCCAGAGUGUUUAGAUGGAGCACAGAAUUUUCUCAAAGAUGGUGGGGUGAGCAUCCCCUGUUCCUACACCUCCUUCCUGGCCCCCCUCUCUUCCUCCAAGCUGUAUAACGAGGUCCGGGGGUGCAGGGAGCGGGACAAGGACCCUGAGUGCCACUUUGAGACCCCUUACGUAGUCCGACUCCACAACUUUCACCAGCUGGCUGAGCCCAAGGCCUGCUUCACCUUCAUUCACCCUACCACAGAUAUGAACAACAACCGGUAUCAGUGCCUCAGAUUCUCUGUGGGGUGUAACACAGUGCUGCAUGGCUUUGCUGGAUACUUUGAGACCACACUCUACGGAGAUGUCACACUCAGUAUCAAGCCAGAGACUCACUCUCCUGGAAUGUUCUCCUGGUUCCCCAUCCUCUUCCCUCUCAAACAACCGAUCCCUGUGACGAAGGAUGAUGAUGUCGUGGUGAGGUUCUGGAGGUGUAACAAUGGGAAGAAGGUGUGGUACGAAUGGGCUGUGACAGAGCCCUCAUGCUCCGCUAUCCACAACCCUGCAGGACGAUCCUACACCAUCGGCCUGUGAAGAUCUCACACCCACAUACACACACAUGCAUACAGACGCAAUUAAACAGGCACUUAGUUGCAAAUGAAGUUGAGGUAGUCUUGCUCAAAAGGUCUAGCAUUUUACCUAUUCACCUGUAAUCAUGAGUCUGCUCAUACCAUGAAACCUACAGACCAGGGUCACAGUGAAGGUUUAGAAACCUACAGACCAGGGCCAAAUUGAAGAUUUAGAAACCUACAGACCAGGGCCAAAUUGAAGGUUUAGAAACCUACAGACCAGGGUCACAGUGAAGGUUUAGAAACCUACAGACCAGGGCCAAAUUGAAGGUUUAGAAACCUACAGACCUGGGUCACAGUGAGGCUUUACAAACCUACAGACCUGGGUUACAGUGAGGCUUUAGAGCUGGGAAUAAGAACCCAAUCAAUGGUUUAGAUGGGACCGAUUUGAGGCUGUUACUUUACAGUAUAGUUAGGUGUUAGUUUCAGGCAUGGACUAUCAUCCACAUACAUUCCCAUACCUAUUGAGUUUAAGUUACUUAUUUUGCCGGUAGUCAAGAGACCCCCAAUGGCAGUAUUCAGACAGGCAGCUGAAUUGAUAUUUUUUUCACUAAUUGUUCUUUUGACCAAUCAGAUUUAUGAAAAAUAUCUGAUGUGAUUGGUCAAAAGACCUAUUCCAUACUAUAACGGAUCGAUGAAAUGGCUCUAAAUUGUAACUCACACUUAAACUGAUUACAACUCUGAUACAGCAGUGUGUAGGAGAUGGGCUGUUCAGGUCAUAUGUUUUUCAGGUGUUCAUUUCUUUUUGUUACGUUUUUUGUCGGAUCCAUAUUGUCAAUAAAGACAAUUACUAGCAA